CGCAUGAAAAACAAGCCAAAACAGCCCCAGAUCACUGCCACCAGCAGCGAAUAGACCAAAGAUUUGUUUCAACGCUAUGCCACCAUGGAACAGGACACGGCAUAGCGCAGACGUGACAACUUACUCGAGUCCUAGUCUGGGGUGCGCCUGCCGCGUUCGCCAGACAAUGAGUCGAUAUCGCAUGGACACGGCGCACGCUCUCCUGUUGUCGUCCAGGUACAACCGGCCCUGACGUAACAGGCU